CGCAAGAUCACCAACAAAACAAACCUGUAGCAUUAUUAAAGUUUGCCGUGAUGGCAUUACUCGCGGAAAAAGCGAAACUACUUUUGAUUCUCUUUAUUUUAUGGUGUGGGUAUCUUGCGCUCGGAAUGCUUGUGUUUACUGCAUUGGAAGGCAAAGACGAGGUCGAGGAAGAGGAGACGAAAUGGAAUCACGGUGAUUCUGUCUGGUUUUCGUUCGUAUUACUGACAACUGUUGGUAAGUAGUUAGAGCCAGACAUAGCGAGUCGAACUUCCUUAGAUUUUUGUUGUGAGAUGCCUCGAUGCUCAGUAACAAAGUUUUCGACGAUUUCAUGGAUGCUCGACCUAAUCAAAACAAAACUAAUUCAUUUACCAUUCUACCGGCAAAUUGAAGGCUUCUUGAAAGGAUGAAGUUUUCUCGUAAAUCAGUUUCAAAAUAAGAUUCACUGAAUUACUCUUUGAUACUAACCCAAAAUCAAUGAUGAAUCUCGUUUGAAGUUUUCUUUGUAAUUUAUUUCAUUUUUCAAAACACAAUCAACCAAAUUUGAGACACAAUUAAUAUUUUGCGAAAAAUUGAAGGUUUAUCAUUCAAACUUAAAAUAAACGGCUUGAUUCACUCACGGAACAAAGGCCAAGAACUAUGGAAACUUGAAUUCUAUUUCAAGAGGAUAGUUUUAUCGGUUUCACGAAAUGUAUGUUGCAAAUUGAAAAAGCGAUAAUUUUCACCUGCUUAAAACUCUAAUGUAACCACCGAUGAAGCUACCAGAUUCGACAGUUCAUCGUCGCUGUUUGAAUAUAAAAUUCAUACAUAUUCAUAAUUUUUAUAUGAAUUUUAGAAUUUUUGAUGGCUGAUAGCCCCUUUAAAAAGUCAAGCUGUGCAUCUGUUUUGUGCUUUAUAUGAAAACUUCCUCUCAGCGUCUUAGGUAGCCCAUGGUUUUAGUCACUAAAUAUCGAAGCCAGCUGUCUUUGACUAAUUCGGCUUUUCUUGUGAUUACCAUGCAUAAUCUCGUAGCACAACGGGGAAGAGCUCUAAUUGGCUCACUUGAUAAUCAUUGACGGUCUCAACAAAUUAUCAAAUUAGUUUUCUUUCAGCUACAAGUCUUUUACAAAAACACUUGUCGGGAAGAGCUUAUCGUUUGUUGACAGCGGAAACCAGCGACGAGAGUCUUCUCCCUCUGCUCCAGUCCUCCGCGCGCCCACUCUUGGGGUAGUCAGGAAUAAAUGUACCGCAUCUUAAAACAUUCUUUGCCGUUUAAUCGGCUCAGAUGUCUUUCCAUUCUAAAUCUCACUUGCCUGCCUCUACAUGUUCCUCAUGAACACAAGCUUAUUUUGGAAACGGUUCUAAUUCAUCUCCUACAGGGAGGGGAGGGAGGGGACACGAUAAAAUCAUGUACCUGAUCCCGCCAUGAGAUUCUGUAUAUACUCUUGGGAUCCUCCCCGGGCAGUUAAUUGGCGGUCAAUUUCUCCUUUCUUUUCUGUUGAUGACGACUGAUGUGAUCCCCGCUCCGUUCCCCCUGAAAACCAUGUGAUCCACCCAAAAUUCUUCCACCCUCCCCCCCGAGGGAAUUAUUAAUGGUACCUAUUUUUCCUUUUUAUCUCGAAUAGGCUAUGGUGAUGUGACACCCAAGACAGGUCUCGGCAAAGGUCUGUGCAUAUUGUACGCCAUUUUUGGCAUCCCUUUGACAAUUCUACUCUUGCGACUUAUUGGCUUGGAAAUGCUUCACAGCGAGAGGAGACUCAUCAACGCUAUCGAGGGACGUUUUUUGAGAAGAAACCGACCACCCCACCACUUGCACCAUAAGUGUUUCCUGCUCGCCAUCUUGUUCUGGUUGUUGCUGCUUCUUGUGGGAGCUGCUGUUCAGAUGUUGGCCGAAGACUGGAGUUAUGGAGAUAGUCUUUACUUCUACACGAUCACCUUCAUGACGGUGGGUUUUGGAGAUCUGGUACCACUCGCGAGGUAUAUCAGCGUACCUCUUACAAUGCUCGGGCUGGCAGCCGUUUCAAAUAUCCUGCAUGGGGCUGCGUCACUUCCGCUGAUCAGACGUAUUACCGCGGGCUCGCUAAGGGAUGAGGAAAUGGCUGAAGUUGAGGAACAAGAAAUAAGCGUUUAGAAGGACUUAUUUCGUUAAUAAAACUGUAAUGUCUGUUAUUGCAGGUUUAACUCAGAUCGCAUGUAGCAAUCAAGUGGCUAGAUCAAUCAGAGUCAAGUUUAACGGAGUGUGACGACUUGUACAAACUUAUUUAAAAGUAUCUAUCGAAAAACGUAUGGAACGUAGCUACCAUAAUGUCGUCCUGAAAUGUAAAAUCAGAAGUACUUCAAAGAUGGGCGUCUAAGUUGAGGUUUGAAUGUAUCGAAAUAGUAUCAAGAUUUAUAAAAGAAAAUUUUACCAUGAAGCUUUUCAAAAUAUCGUCAUUCUAGCGUCGAUUGUUUUUAAAACAACUGUAAUUAAAAAGUUUCUGUAUAAUAGUUCAUCUUUUCUUCUCUCGUAUUACUCAAGAUUUCUUAUGGAAUUUUUCUGAUAAUUUUUAUUAUUAAUUAUCUAAUUUAUUCAUCUGAGUUGUUAGUUUAGCUGAUAGAGAGUGGGUAAGUUUUUUUGCAAAGGAAAAUAAUGGUACCGUUGUUUUUCUUGUUUUUUUUAUCGAUCAUUAUUCUUCUUUCUAAACCUUCAUGUUAGAUUUUGAGCGAUAACUAUUAUUACUUCUGUGUUGUUAACAGAAACAAAAUAUCAAUAACCUUGUGAUCAAAUCACCUCUCUGUAGAAAUAUCAUGGAAAACGCUGAAUAGAUGUAAAAUUUAUGCAUAAAAUUAUACAUAGAUUGACGUAUUUGGUUGCUGGC